AUGUAUGUAGUCAAUAGAUUCAUCAUAGUUUACUUUCUUUCUGUCAUUAUUUUUCUAUCACUCUCCUUUUUUCUUUCUUUCUCUCUAUCUCUCCCUUUCUUUCUCUCUUUUUUCUUUCCCUAUCUAUCUAUCUAUCUAUCUAUCUAUCUAUCUAUCUAUCUAGUUCAUUGUUUUCAGUAUCUCAACCUGUUCCUAUCUCUCUAUGUCGAACAAUUCCUAUCUAUCUAUCUAUCUAUCUAUCUAUCUAUCUAUCUAUCUAUCUAUCUAUCUAUCUAUCUCAUUCGCUUCAGUAGCUGUCUCUAUUUAUCUCUCCCCCUUCUUUCUCUCUCUCCUUUUUUCUCUCUUUUUACAUCUUUCUCCUUUGUUCUCCUCCAUUCUCUCUCUCACCCUCUCUAUCUAUCUAUGUCAUUCACUUUCGUAUCUCGACCAGUUCAUAUCUAUCUAUCUAUCUAUCUAUCUAUCUAUCUUAGUCUAAUCAAUAUCUAUCUAUCUAUCUUAUAUCUGUCUCUAUUUCUCUCCUUUUCUCUCUCUCUCUCUUUUCUUUCUUUUUCUCUCUUUCUUUCUACCUCUUUCUCUCCCUCUCACCCCAUCUCUCGCUCUCUCUCAAUACACCGGUUGCCGAUAUCUCAGGGGUUUCAAAUCGAGAAACCUAGGCGGCUCGACAAGGGCUGA